AUGGCUCUCCAUCAGCUGUUUACUCUGGCCUUUGCGCUGCAUCUGGAGCCUCUGCCAACUCUCGACUACGCAACGGUACCCUAUGUCAGAGAUUCGCAACGAAGCACCGACUCACUCGAAGAGCCAGAAGAGCUUCGAGUUGGCGCAAACACAAAGCUGGAACCCAUUCACAGCCACCACCUCCCACAUUCAGUAAAUACCCUAUCCUUCCUCCUCAAUCAUACUCGGGCAAUCGAUGCCAUCGAGCCCUUCUCCAAGCUCAUCGGUCUGCUCGACGAAGCCGAUGACGACCCAGAGUUCCGCAACCUGCGAGAGUUCUUCGACGCUCGCUAUGCCGAAGAUGGCACGCUAGUGGGAGCUGAAAAGGAGCCUCGUCGACGAAUGCGCAGCAUUUCUCGUGCCGCAUCCACCAAACAGCAAGGUCGACGAUCGAGUCAGGCUACCGAGGGCCGCAAGCCCUCUUUUGCUGCUAGCCUUGGCGGAGCCAGCGCCCUCAAGCUCAACUGGCUUCGUCGUAAUAACAACUCUGAAAAUCAACCGCACGAAGGCUCGGACGAUGAAGACUCGCAUUCCAGGGUCUCCAGCAGCGGUCAAACUGCCAAUCCAGCACCACCUUCCGCUCCAUACAUUCGACUAUCAAAGCGAGCACUGUCUUCCUCACCCUCCAGCACGCAUUCCUCAUCCUCCCAUCAUCGGUACGCCGAUCACGAAUGUACAACACUGGUCACCUUCCGAGUCCGCCUUGAUCUGCACACAAUCGGACUCGCAUCUCCACCUCCUAAACUGCGCAUCCAUCGUCAGCAGGACACCUUUGGAACAAGCUUGCAUCGUACUGGCUCAGGCAGAUCGGCAACUUCAUCCGACUGGAGGAGAAGACGGCCACGCAACUCGAGCCUUUCCAGUGGCGGUGCUGCUCUGAGACCCGUGGCAAGCCCUGAUAGCAUGGUUUCGUUUGGUGCCAUGUCUGCUAUUGCCAACGGGGAUCCUGAACAUCCCGCAGGGCCAGGAAAGCUAACCAUCGACACAAGCGCCGUCAAUGGUGCAUCGACCUACAAUGCUGUCUCAAACUCGAGAAUGACGCCAUCAGGAGAAACACCGAGUCUCACUACUAGCGGCGAAACGCAUCUGCCAAGCAUCACUGAAGGAGCAAUCAGCGUUCCUAGUCAGCCAUCUUCCCCGAAUUCGAUUGGUGGCAAAGCCAGUCGACGUCCUUCGAUGAUGUCCAAGUUGCUCGACUUUGGGAGGAAAAAAUCGUUCCUCGACCGACCUGCAAGCGAAGCACAAGAUAGUCGAUCUGCUUUACCUGGUCCAGCUCAUGGCGAAGUGACUACUCCCUCUGCAUCCACCCAUAGAGCGAGCUUCCUCUCAGGCGUUCGUCAUCACCUUGGCAAUGGCACUGCUUGCAAUGAAGAGGCUCUCGAUCUUGACGAAGACGAUGAUGACGGUGCUCUACAUGCUCGGAUGAUGCGACAGUUGCAGAAAGGAGGCAGCAAGCACGGUCGACGUCGUAGUUCUGCUGGCAGCUCUGGUAAGAAUCAUGCCAGUUCACGCUCAGCAAAUCAUGAUCUGCGGCCUGUGCAAGAGGAUGGACAGCUGGACCUGACUAUGAUCUCCUCGCGGUCAAGUGUUGGUACCACCUUUUCAGAGCAGGGCAUCCCGGAAGGAUCUAUGGGGGGCAAAGUUUGGUCGGCGCAAGGCGCAAGUGCGGCUGCAUCAGCUGUGAUGGAUGGCCAAGAUUUCUUGACGCUCUUCCGUGCCGCUUCCAGCCUUGGUCUGCAGGCGAUUCAGGAUUGUCUCGGUGGUGAUGAGAAAAAUGCGAGCCUGAAUGGCAACGGCGAUGGCGGCGACGUGACGACGCCAGGCCAGGGGAGCGUGCGCUCAGCCAAAGAAUCACCCGCUUACGACACUGUAGGCGCUGACACACCUUCGGUGAGAACACCCAAGGUAGAGGCAAAGACAAGCUCCUUACCUGCGACGCCUGGAAGAUCGAUUGGCUCGCUGGACCUUGAUCGGUCACCGAAUUCUCGAUGCUCCACAAGCAAUGCGAUUGAUGCUAGCUUCCAGCACGGUGCUUCUCUUGCGAAGAAGAAGGGUGGAGAGGAUGACGAAGCGUGGUGGCCAUGUGGUGAUGUCGAUCCACUUCCAGUGAGCAUUGCAAGUGCACUAGGUCAGGCUCUGGGAUGGGAAGGCAUCAUGCACCUUUGCUACGGUAAAGGCAGCCGAGCUGCGUCGGAAGGCAACUUCCUGGCUCUCGGCAAGGCUGCGGCGCUUGACCAAGCCAACAAAGUGCAGGAGAGGAGCGUUCUAGCCUGGAGAACAGGUGUCGCCAGCGCCGGUACUUGUCCACCCAAAGGGGAUGCAAUGCCGUCCCUUGACGAGCUGACAGCAUCUGACGCUGCCAAUCUGGCCGGCUCUGUGACUCAGAAGCUCAAUUUGCACCCUGCCAACUGCAACGUGAACACGGCAAGCAACGCUUCCAUCUUGGAGCCUCUUGACCAAAAGGCACCACAGCGGUCAGCAACAGUGCCGCAAGAUCUGCCGUGGCCUCCUGGCGACUCAAAUGGCAACGGCCAAACCGCUGGAUACAAUGGCGCAAGUACAGCUUGGGAUCAAGCAUCGCUCCUCUUCGGGAGCAAAGUCAAUCACGCACGGACUUGGCAACAUUGGCACGCGCUGUUCAAGAGCAUCAAGGCUUGGAUCGAUGAGUACGAAAAGACGAGAGUGCGCAACGCUCUGGCUCGUGAGAUCGGCCUUGACCGGCCCGUAGAGACUGCAGCCAACGUCGGAGAGGCCGAUCAGGAUGAGGCCUCAAGUAUCCCUCUUUCUGCGCCGGUCAGCAUGGAUGUCGGAAGUGCCGAUGGGCAGGUUCCGCUCACUUUCGGCUCACCUCCGACAGCGUCUACUGAAGUGUUCAAGGUUGCUUCUGAUAAGCUUGACGCCUCGACACUGUCUAGAGUCUUGGCCACUUCGCUGAGCAUCUCGCCAUGUGUGCUUGUCGAUGCCACCAAUCGAGCCCACGGUUUCCGUCGCAGAGUCGGCGUACCAGAAGGUCUCUCCUUGGGACCAGAAGACGAAGAGGCAAUCGAUUACACCUGGUCUCGCAAGAAGCUUUCAGUCGAGCACUUUGCAACCGCUCUCACCAUUGCCUGCGACAGCGCCUUGCACUUUUUCAGCCAGCUCAGCACCAGCAACUGGCCACACCGCUCAGCUUGGGAGCUCGAUUACCUGGAGAUGUGUGUUUUCAAGUCACCGCUUGUCGCUGACCGUUUCCCUCCGCCAGGUGAAGCGGUGGUGCCAGCUUCACAGUCCUAUCGACCAGCACAAAAUGCCAGAGACCGCUCCCGCGUAUGUCCCAACCCGGACCAAGCAGGCGCUUGGAACCCGGACGUGUGGAAGAGAUGGCUCAUCUCGAUUCAAGAAGGAGACAUUAUCGUACCAGCUGUGGCCUGGCAGGCUUGGUGGACUCUCAUUUCCGUUCUCAAUGGCGCUGAUCGGACGGGAAGAAGUUAUGACCUGCAGCUCAAAGCGUUGGAGGAGCCGUUUGAUGCGCUUACUGAUCUUAAUGCUGUCUAUCUCUGA